ACACCGGCCAGUCCGAUUCCUCGUCGCAGUGCGAUACGGUCGAUAGGAGUAAAACGUAGUGCAACCACGGGUGGUUGCAGCGAAUUGCAGCAACGACGCCGACGCGUCGGCACACGAGAAUCACCCCCGGCGCCACGAGCCACUUUACGCGUUUCGCUCCGCUCGGGAUAGUCUCGUUCAUUCCGCUCGUGGGUGUCGAAGAGACCGCGACCACGUGAACGAGAGGAAGUCUCUCUCGUAAACUCGGGAGUGUUUGUCGAAGUUGAGAGCGUAAAACCUCGGCGGCAGUUAAACACAGUGUGCUAGUGCGGAGUCGUUUUCACAUGGAGAUUACGUUCGUGUUUUGUACAUGCUAUGACAUUGAUCGUUUCACACGGGGACUUUUGCAAACAGCUGUCGGUGAAUAGCCCUCGCGGAAAUCACGGGCGCCUGCGUUCCUGCAAAAAUCCCCGACUAUCGUCGACUAUUUCUUCUCAAUGGACCUCGUUUGUUGUCGACUUCGGAGGUACAAUAGUUGCGAAUUUCCAAGGCUGAUUAUCCGUGAACCCGCGGAACAAAGGCCGCCGCGGUGUGCAAAGAAUCCAUAACGAAUCCGCGGAGAUCGUCGGAGAAAUCGGAAACGACGUGAUUCGCGACGGUCACGUGAGCUUUUUUGCAGUCGCGAAAGGUGGUUCGCCGUGCAUCGAUCACUCCGGGAUUUCCCGACGUGGGGCCGCGUCGCGACGCGACACAACCGGGACCACCAUGCCCGGGACAAGACGAAGGUGAAAGAGCCGUGGAAAAAGCUGAGGAAGAAGGUGUACAAACAAACACUCUUCGACGAACGUCGCUCAGUCAUAAAUUCCCGUGCAAACAGAAACGAUCGCGUCACCGUCGCCGUGACAUUGGUUCCUGUCAUGCGAACUGUUUACGUUAUUUCAAACCGACUUCGCGGGCCGAGGUAGCGCACUUGGCGAAUUCACGUCACGAGUUCCCGAAUCGUGACACGAGCAAUCGACAGCCUUGAGGAGAGACGCGGCCCUCCCUCCUUUCCACCCACCCAUCCUCAGUCCCGAUCGUCGAACCUAUUCGUCGUACAUUCGAGACGCAGUCGCGUCAGUCGUUUACGUCCGUCGGAUAUUCACCGGCCUGGGGCAAUGCCGAUAACCCUGAGGCUCCCGAACUCGCGUUCCAUCAGGUGUCGCUUGGACAUCUUCGAGUCGACGUGAGGGGAGCACGCGUGUACCAGGAGCGAAGGGUAUAAGCGCGGAGGAGGACCGAACGAAGGGACGCGACCAAGUAUCGAUCGACCUGCAUCUUGAAGAGGAUGCUCUCUUCGGUCUCGUAAGAGCGAAGUUCACGUCCUGGUCACGUGCCACGAGGAACACGGGGACGAGCGCGGCGAGGUGAGGAACGAGGGUAAUAGGGAGAGAACGGGCGGGUCGGGGGGAGGAAAGAGAGACGACCUCCAACGAACGACGUCGUACGCUGUCAUGGAAAAUCGAUUCGCCACCACCGACCACCCCGCUACGACGACCACCCGCCGCAGUGCAAUGACCUCCAAACCGGGAAGAUCCUACAGCGUGAGGUAAGCGGCUUUCGCUGUAGAGAUCGGUCGGCUCGUGGGACGGUGAGGGGGUGGAAGAAGAAAUAGGAGGAGGAAGAGAAGGGUCUCCGCGAGUCGGAGGUCCUCUUUCGCAGUCGCUGGCUAUGAUCCCGCCGACCAUGCACGGACACGAGUUCAAUCAGCCCUUGUCGAGGGUGGUCAUGGUCCGUAAAACGGACCAGAGGACCUUUAGUAAAGGGAGACGAGGCGGCGAGCCACUUCUGGAAACCGUCACCAGGGAAACUGUCGAGCUCUUCAACGGCGGCCGAGCCGAGAGGAAGUACACCUCUGAAACGAGAGACAUCGUUACGCCAAAGUCCAACAGGUCGAGGACAGACUCCGUAAGGUCGAAGUCCCCGUUGACGGCGUCACCAGCAUCGCCGGGCCCGCUGUCGAAUUCCUUGCACGGCAGUUUCCACGGUAGCUUGGGAAGCGAUGGCAUGUCCUGCAGCAGCGCCAGGUCCUCUUCAGCGUCUCCCGACUCUGCGAGGUAUUCAUCGUCGCAGAUAACAAAGACUGACACGCGUAAACCAUCUGUGCGCAGAUCGGGGCCCCCGAAGGAAUUCAUCAACGUCUGCCUCGACACGCACAAUUUCUACCGAUCGCGGCACGGAGCGCCGCCGUUGCGACUCAGCAAGCAGCUGUGUAAGACGAGUCAAGACUGGGCCAACAUACUAGCGGCUAGAGGUAGACUAGAGCACAGGGCGAACAUUGACUAUGGAGAGAAUCUCUAUUGUAUGUGGAGCUCCAAUCCGAAGACCAUCGUUGGUGGCGAGGAACCAGUAAACGAUUGGUACGCCGAAGAGGCUCAGCAUCAGUAUGGAAAGGAGCCGACGACGUUAAAGACUGGUCACUUCACGCAAGUGAUCUGGCGAGACAGCACAGAAUUGGGGGUGGGAAUGGCCAGGAAUCGGAACGGGGAGGUGUACGUGGUGUGCAAUUACAACCCUGCCGGCAACUUCUUGGGCAGCUUCACGGAGAACGUUUUGCCGCCCGUUGAUACGAGCCCGACGAAACGAAUUAACUUCAGCGAUCUGAAGCAGCAAUGCACAAUAGACGAGCAGGCGUGGCAGCAGGAGGCAUUGCUGGUUCACAAUGAGUACCGGAGGAAGCAUCGCGUGCCGGACUUGAGGCUGAGUCCCGAAUUAACGGCCGCUGCCAAGGCCUGGGCGAACACGUUGCUGAACACAAACAAACUGAUACCUCAAUCGUCGUCUCCGUACGGCGAAAACAUUUAUUCGAUGCAGUGCUCCGAUCCCAAGUUGAUCGUUUCCGCGCGGGAGGUCGUCUCCAAGUGGUAUUCCGAGAAGAAGGAGCACAAGUUCGGCGUCGAGCCGAAAGUUCUCAAUACAUGUCACUUUACACAAAUCGUCUGGAAGAAAACGACCGAGAUGGGCAUAGCGAUGGCUAAACGGGACGGUACCUGCGUUAUAGUAGCGUGUUACCAUCCGAGAGGUAACAUAGUCGGACAGUUUACCGAGAACGUACUGAAGCCCGUGAGGGGCGGCUGUUAGCCCGCGUUCGCUCCUAUCGAUAAUGUAUCUAAACUCUGUAUUUAUAUAUCAGGCAGAUAUAGAUGAUGUCAAUCACGCGUAAUGUAUGUAUAUAAGUAAGACACUUGUGCAUACACUUAGAAUAAACAUUCCACGUACACGUA